CAGUGACAUUUACCACCUAUGUGGUCGACGACGUGUCUGUAAACCAAAAGAUCGAAAAAUAAAUUCGAAAUAAUUUUUAUUUAGCCUAAAUAACAUUAUUUUUAUUAUAUAAUAAUCAGUAUUAUUGAAACCACAGAUGUGUAAAAUUCUAAAUCUCAACAUGAGCAUCAUGAGAGUGAAAAAAAAAUAAAUGUUUGCAGUGCGGCCGAUGUAAACAAAAGGUUUUGCACCGGAUAUUAUGAAGUUAUUAUUUUGAUUUGUGUAGUUUUGUGACUGUAUGAGGCGUGUUUUAGAGUUCAUUAGGAAGACAUUUAGAAGAUUUAGGUGUUUAAAAAUGAGUGGAGUUAGCCGUGACGCGCCUCUCGGCGUUCAGAGCCUCCAGAAACUAAGCGGGAUCUUUUGUCCUCGACUGCAGAUGAAUAGAGUUCUAUUGUACCAAGUAACAGUUCUGGCACUGACCUACUUCACGUACAUGACUUACCAUCUGACUCGCAAACCCAUCUCCGUGGUGAAAAGCGUUCUGCACAGGAACUGUAGCGAGCUGCCUCCGCCCCCCGGGGUGGACCCUAGCGAUGACCAGUGGUGCAACUGGGCGCCCUUUAAUACGAGUGACGCUAACACCCUGCUGGGUACCUUAGACUCAGCAUUCCUCUUCUCGUAUGCCGGCGCCAUGUUUGUCUCCGGCAUGGUCGCGGAGAGAGUGGACCUCCGCUACUUCCUCUCCCUAGGCAUGCUGGUAUCCGCCAGCUUCUGCUACUUGUUCGGCAUCGCCAAGACUUACGGCAUCCAUCACAUCUCGUACUAUCUGCUGGUGCAGGCGGGUGCCGGUGUAGCGCAGACGACUGGCUGGCCCGGCACCGUGGCCAUCGUGGGCAAGUGGUUCGGGCACACUAAGAAGGGGCUCAUAUUCGGCAUUUGGAAUUCUCACACGUCGCUUGGCAACAUUUUGGGCACUCUAAUGGCGUCCGCGUUCGUGGAGCGCGACUGGGCGCUGUCGUUCGUCUACCCGGCGGCGGCGAUGGGCGCGGUCGGCCUCCUCGUGUUCCUGUUCCUGCCGCCGGAGCCCCGCUGCGUGGGCGUCGUGCUGCCGGGCGUCGCCGAGAGGGAGUCUCACCCGUCGAGGUCUGAUGAUGAGGAGGAAGCGACCGAAGUCAUCGUGGGAGAUCAGACGGCGAGCCUGAGACCGAACCGGUACUCCGCCAACACGCAGCACAGCGAAGAAGCGACAGAGAACACCGCUCUUCUGACGCCGCGCGGCUCCUCCUCCCAGUCUAGUGCCAUCUCUCUCUCGCGCGCGGUGUCCAUCCCGGGAGUGAUGGAGUUUUCUCUUUCUCUCUUCUUCGCUAAGCUAGUCUCCUACACCUUUUUGUAUUGGUUACCGCUGUAUAUCAAUACUUCCACCCACCUGCCCCCCUCCCAGUCCGGCCACCUGAGCACGGUGUUCGACGUGGGCGGCAUCGCGGGCGCGAUCGCGGCCGGCCUCGUCGCCGACUGGAGCGGCUGUCCCGGGCUGGUCUGUGUCGCCUUCUACGUCGUUAGCGCGCCUUUCCUGCUAGUAUACCAGCGGUGGGGAGCCACCUCGUACUGGCUGAACGUGACUUUAUUGGUGAUAACGGGCGCGCUGGUGAACGCGCCCUACUCGCUCAUCACCACCGCCGUCAGCACUGAGCUUGGUACUCACAGCAGCUUGGCUGGCAAUGCUCAGGCUCUGGCGACGGUUACAGCCAUCAUUGACGGCACGGGGAGUGUUGGCGCGGCCAUAGGCCCGAUGCUGGCGGGCGUGGUGUCCAGCAGCGGCACGUGGUCGUACGUGUUCUACAUGCUCAUCACGUGUGACGUCAUGGCGCUGUUGUUGCUGCUCAGGGUGGUCAAACACGAAAUAAUCAAAUUGCGACAGGAAAGGAGACUGAUAUCGCCGCGGGUCGUGCGAAUAGAGUGACUUCAUUAAAUUGUAAAAUCAUCAUCAGGUCAAGUGUUAGCAACGGGUGAUGAAUAGAGGCAAGAGUAAGAGUGUGAUGUGAUGAAUGGACAUCCCUAUGCAUAAUAUCCAGCCCCCGUAGUGUGGCACGCGCGACGCUGUUUCGCUUUUUAUUAUGACGUGAAACGAGACAGCGAUAGUUUUUCGCGCGAUGUAAACGGCGUCGCGCGUGCCACGCUACGGGGCCAGUUGGUAUUAGAAGGGUUUUGGAAAGUCCUAUGAAUGUACAAUAAGCUUUUAAAAAUAUAUGUACUUUGGCUAUCAUAUCAAUCUGCCAUUAUUUCAAUAGAUUUUACUGAGACAGAUUGAAUGCUCAGUGUAAUUCUCAAUAAACCUGUCGCCGUGUUAUUGAUAAUAUGAAUUAAAAAUACAGGGACGUAUGAAAUGGCCGUUUGACAUAUCAUUGUAUUUUGGAUGUUGAAAUCACGUCUGGGACUACAAUGGAAACUUUAAGCUCCCGGCGAGCGCGUAAAGGUGCGUACAGAUCAUGUAACAAUGUUGUAGAACACAAUUUUGCAACAUAUAAAAAUACGUGUACAGUAUUAUGAUAACAAUGUUAACAGUUGAUAGUAACAAAGUCAUUGCAAGUGAUUUAUUUCUUUAUAACUAUGUAACUACUAUUUGUUCUGUGUAAACUGAGCAAUUAAGAUACUACAAACAAUCAAUAAUAAUAUAUUAAAUAACUUAAUGCUUAACAUGUUUUAUAAAAUUUAGUGGCCACAUUACUGAAACAUUGUUAAAUGACGUUAUAUAAUCUGUACGCACUGUAAAAGUCAGUAGUUUUAUACAACUGUGAAAACGUAUUAUAGAACUAGAUAUAAUGUGAUUUCUAGGUAAAAUUUUGAAAAAUAGAUCGAUCCAAUGUUUCGUUUGAUGAUAAAAGCAAACCUAUGUUGUAUUAUAAUUAACACUUACAGGUGCUCCAAAUGCAGAUUGUAUCUAUAUAAAUAUUUCUUGAUGCAUAUUGUACCCGCGCGCGGCAAAUUAAUAUCGAUUUGAAUAAUGCGCGCAAUGUGUAUGAUUGUAGGGUGAUAAAUAAAGAUUAUAUUUCUGUAUGUUGACGUCCAAUAAAUUUCUAUACAUUUUGUAAGAAUGGGACGGGCGGGACAAAUAUUCAACCAGAAGAACUUUUGAAGACUCGCGUUUUUAUUUAGAAGCAUUUUCAAUGAAUCUCUUGUCGACAGGGAUUUUUUUAGAAUAGCCAUUCCAAACAAUAAUUUUGAUAAAGCACUUAAAUCUUAGUAGCAAGUAUGUUCUCACUAGAUAAAAAAAAUAUAAUUUUAUUAUUUUGGUAAAUAAUAAUUUUGUAGAUUUCCAAAUAAAACUUAAUUUAUUGCAUUUCUUAAUAUUCCCUUCUUUACAUACCUUUGUUUGGAAUUUUAUUUAGUUAAUUGAUUAAUUGUGUGAUUUUUAAUGAUUUUAUUUUUAAAGUGUGUGAUAAAUAGUAAAUUUAUGAUUAUUUGAAAUAGUAUUGUCAAAAUACCAAAGUUAUUAAACAAUUGUAAUUAUGUAUGAGAUUACAUUAUAAAAGUAAAAAAAAGAAUUAUAAUAUUUAAAAACUUGUUUACAAUAUCGAGUAUGCGUGUAUAUAAGUAUUAUAAAAAUCAUUGUUUUAUUUCUGCAUAAUGAUCGUAAAAUGUUUUGGUAAUCUGAACCAGAAUCAAAUAAAUAACUGUUUAAAAAUUGGUACUUUGAUAAUAGCUAUUGAAUUAAAAUCUUAAAGUAUUUUGGGAAACGUUCCUAACUUUGAAUUGGUUUAUUCGUUAGGUAUUAUUUAAUUGUUCUUAGAUUUUUAAAAAAUAUAUUGAAUUAAACAUAUUUAUCUGUUAGCCGUGUGUAUUCCACACACUAGUAAGCAACGACAAAUUUUUAUUAUGGUUAUCGUAGCAAGCAACUAAAGGACACUAAAAAUAUCAAUGUGGGCUGGCAAAAGGCGACCUUAAAAAUGAAAGAAAUCGUCUUAUAAUCAUUACAGAACAAUUAUUGUGUGAAUGUCUUGUUCAAACACAUUUUGCAAUGUAAACUUUUUUGUUUCAGUAUCUCUGACUCUCGGUUUAGUUAUUCAGAGUGAGGCCAUUCUUAAAAUUUCUAUACUUGAUGGUAAAAAAAAAUUGUGUCAGUUCUUUAAUAAAGGCCGUUUUUAUAUCCUAUUUAAAAAAAAAAUCUAUAAUUUUUUUACGAGUAACAAAAGAAAAUUAUUCGCAAAAAGUCUUAAUAUUUUGUAUUAAAGUUGACUUUAUGCGAUUUGGUCAAAAAUUGUAUUUUGUGAAUCUAUAAUUGUCGCAUACGGCCGGACUGUGAAACUUAAAGAGGACUUUGUAAAUAAUGUACAAAAAUAUGAUCUACAUAUUGUAAUUAUGUAAUAAACAAUGUAUACAUUUU